AUGAAUCUCCGAUUCACUGAAAGUGAUAUCAAUCGCAAUGCCAUAUACUGUCAGUCAUCGGAAGUCCAACGCUCUGUUCGCUCGACUCAAUUACAUCCCAAACACACGUCUAUUAAUAAUGAAUCGUCAAAACAAAGACAGUCUCACCAAUGGUAUCGACCAUCAAAUCCGCCAAAAGAGGUGAUCAAUGGCUCAUCACAUGCACAGCACCACCGAAGACAUGAACACAAAAUUAACAAUAAUAAUGAUUACAAUUCCGCCGAUUCAUCGCAUAUUCACUACUCUAAUGAUAAUAACUACCAUUUUUUCAACAAAUCUCGUGUCAUAUCUGCUGACAAAGGAUCUCCUGUUAAGAGAUCCACUGUUACUACGAAGAGCGCAACGAACGGCGCUCUGAAGGACAGUCGCCCUCAUCGUCAACAUCUGGAGCACAUCUGGGCCGGUGGUGGCGGUGCCCUCCCAGCCCAUGUAUGGCAGGCAUUAAUGGCCAGUAAGUCGACUGAUGUGACCCUAUGUGGUCGCGACAACACCUCAUCCGACACCUCUUCAGCGGAAGUGCUGUCUUCGCUUCACUCGUCGUCCGAUGAGUUCGACUCAACCACUUCAGAGGAAGACCUACUCGUGUUCACAGGCGAUAUAACACAGAAGGGAUACGAGAAGAAAAAGUCGCGAUUAUUGGCUCCAUAUGUGACAGUCAGCCAUCAGUCAGGCGCUGCCAGUCCUUCCACACGUGCGAAGAGAAGAGCUCACAGGAGGCUAACCCGACAUGAAAGCCGAUACCAUUCCGAGGUGAGACAGGAGGCCGUACAACAAGCUUUGGCUGCUAUGCAAAAGAAACCGAAGCCAUCGAUGCCGAUGCCGUCGAAGCGGACGUCCGUUAUGGCCACCUCUCCCUCCCGACCCGACCGCAAACGGGCCACCGACUCGUCCUCCGACGACGACAGUAUCCUAAACGACAGCUCCAGCACUACCCCCGAGCACGACAACCAUCACCACAACAACAACCGUAACAACAGUUCGCGACCGUUCUCUGUGGGCCAGUCCGUCGACUCGUCCGACACGUCCAACACGUCGUCACCGGCGCACGAGAUGGUGGCGCCUCCGCCCAGGAUUAUCGCCGUUCAGGAGCACAACAACAGUAACGCCGUACUCGUCAACAGCACCAGCGCUGCCGUACUAAUGGCACAACAGAUCAGUCACAACCAGCACCGACACAAUCACCGCCGACAACGGGAACAACAGCGCGAGCAACGGGAAAGGGAACGGGAGCAUCACAAUGAACGCCAGUCCCAUCACAGUAGUCAUCACUCGCAGCCGCCAUUACCUCCACACCAGCAGCAGAUACUUAGACAACAGCUCAUCAACUCUCGGCUCAACUCUCAACUCAAUUCGCAAAACAAUUCACAGAAUAGUUCCCAUAAUAACAACAUUUCGCAGAUUAAUUCGCUUCUCAAUUCCGGACUCAAUUCUGGCGUUAAUUCUGUGAUCACCGCCGGAGUGAACGGCAAUUCCAAUAGCAAUGAGUACGCCAACAACGCCUGUCCGCCCACUCGACCCGAACGGAUCAGCUCCCGAUCGGACACCGGUAUCGCCAACUUGGCCGAUGUCAUGCAGAAUCUGACCCCAUCUCAGACUUAUAACGCUCAGCCGGAUGUCACGUCCAACGCUCAGUCGCAUCGGGACAGCAGGAUAGCUAUGGAUAGGGACAUGGAUUCGCUGUCCGGACUCGACACAUACAGCACCGGAACGGGAACCGGACGUUGGAAAGUGUCGGCCAAAAUACAGCAGUUGUUAAACACACUGAAAAGGCCUAAACGUCGACCCCUUCCGGACUUUUACAUCGACGAUGAGACAGAUCUGGAAAUAGCGGCCAAUCAGUUGGACCCACAGGCGCCCAAACCGGAGGGCAGCACAAUGUUGCCAUCCAUUGGGGAGCAACUGAUGGUUCCGGGAGGGCUGCCCAAGACGUUGGAGGCGGCGCUCCACCGGUACGGCUCGGCUACGUUCAAAGCGCCGGCCGCCACAGUGUUGGACACCAACAGUAAGAUGAGUCCUCCCCUAACGUACGGCAAACUACUGUCCCGUUCGCGCAAAAUAGCGUACAAUCUGUUGAACAAAAUCGGACAGAAAGGGGAACUCAGUAUAAAACCGGGCGAUCGCGUGGCGCUGGUGUUCCCCAACAACGACCCCAUCGGCUUCAUGUGCGCAUACUAUGGCUGUUUGACGGCCGGUGUAGUCCCGGUGCCCAUCGAAGUACCGCUCACUCGACGAGACGCCGGUUCCCAACAGAUUGGCUUUCUAUUGGGCAGUUGUAACGUGGCGUUCGCACUGACAUCCGAGGCCUGCAAUAAGGGUUUCCCCAAAACAGCCACCGGAGAGAUACACACGUUUAAGGGUUGGCCUAAACUGAGUUGGCUUAUCAUCGAUACCCUAAGCAAACCGCCCAAAGACUGGUCGCCGCCCUCGAGAAUCUCGGAAGAGGCGGCCGCUUAUAUCGAGUACACAGUGGACAGGGAUGGCUCAAUGAAGGGCGUAUCUGUGUCCCGAAACGCCAUGAUAUCGCACUGCCGAGCCCUCACCGGCGCCUGUAAUUACACGGAGGGAGAGAUCAUGAUCUGUGUGUUGGACUUCAAACGGGAGGUCGGGUUAUGGCAUUCCAUACUGUGCUCAGUCCUCAACGGAAUGCACGUCAUAUUCAUACCGUACGCUCUCAUGAAGAUAAACCCGGCCUCUUGGAUGCUCGUCAUCACCAAAUUCAAGGCGUCGGUAGCCAUCUGUAAGUCACGUGAUCUCCAUUGGGGUCUAUUGGCCACCAAAGACCACAAAGACGUCAAUUUGAGUUCAUUGCGGAUGCUUUUGGUGGCCGACGGCUCCAACCCCUGGUCGCUGUCAUCGUGCGAUCAGUUCCUCAAUGUAUUCCACAGCCGAGGGUUGAGAGUGGAGGCCAUGUGUCCCUGUGCUGUUUCCGCAGAAGCGCUCACUAUAUCUGUCAGAAGACCGGGACGGACUGGCGUGGGAUCUACUGGGAGGGGAGUACUCUCGAUGUCGGCGCUCAGUUAUGGCGUGAUUCGUGUGGAUCAGGAGAACAGCCUAACGUCACUCACGUUACAAGACUGCGGACAUGUCUUACCCGGAGCAAUCGCAGCGGUGGUCAAAAUAAACGGCGCACCCAUUCUGUGUAAAACGGAUGAGGUCGGGGAGAUCUGUCUGUCCACCACUGCCGCCGGCUCCUGUUACUGGGGUCUCCAGGGGCUCACGAAUAGCAUAUUCCGUAUGCAACCGCUCAACUCGGACGGCAGACCCUUCAGUGAACAGACAUUCGUGAGGACAGGACUGUUGGGUUUCAUGGGACCGGGCGCUCUGGUGUUCGUGUGCGGCACCCGCGACGGUGUGAUGAACGUGUCGGCCCGUAAGCACAACACCGACGACCUCAUCGCCACUGUGUUGGCCGUCGAGCCCAUGAAGUUCGUCUACAGGGGACGGAUCGCCAUCUUUUCCAUACGAGUGCUGAGAGACGAAAGGAUUUGUGUGAUCGCAGAGCAGAGGCCCGACUGUACGGAAGAGGAGUCCUUCCAAUGGAUGUCACGCGUGCUUCAGGCGGUCGAUAGCAUACAUCAGGUGGGGAUCUACUGCCUGGCAUUAGUGCCGCCCAACUGUUUGCCCAAAACACCGUUGGGUGGCAUCCAUUUGUCGGAAGUGAAGCGCCGGUACCUCGAGGGCGCCCUACACCCGGCCAAUGUGCUCAUGUGUCCGCACACGUGUGUCACGAAUCUGCCGAAACCGCGCGAAGUGCACACAGAGAUAGGGCCGGCCUCUGUCAUGGUUGGCAACAUCGUUCAGGGCGUACGGCUGGCCAUAGCCCAGGGCCGGGACGUCGGCUCCAUCGACGAGGACUCGGACACGACUCGCAAGUAUCAGUUCAUAUCGGAGAUACUCAAGUGGCGGUCGUCCACAUCGCCCGACCAUAACAUCUACACACUGUUGAACUCGAAGGGCACCGAAACGGCGACCCUUUCCUGUUCGCAACUCCACAAACGGGCGGAACGGGUGGCCUGUCUUCUGUUAGAGCGCGGGAAGUUGAAUACCGGCGAUCACGUGGCGCUCAUCUACUCGCCCGGCAUCGAUCUGAUCGCCGCCUUCUACGGCUGUCUAUUCAUAGGUGUAGUUCCCGUCACAAUACGACCGCCCCAUCCGCAGAACCUGCAGACGACACUACCGACGGUCCGCAUGAUUGUCGACGUGUCGAAGUCGGUGCUCAUACUGUCCACUCAGCCUGUCAUCAAACUGUUGCGCUCCAAAGAGGCCGGGAAUGUAGUGGACGUCAAGGGUUGGCCCCAAACCCUCGACACCGACGACUUGCCGAAGAAGAAGCUGACGAGCCUUUAUAGGGCGCCGACACCCGAAAUGAUAGCGUACCUGGACUUCAGUGUGUCGACCACCGGGAUGUUGGCCGGUAUUAAGGUGUCUCACGCGGCGGCCGCCUCCCUGUGCCGCUCCAUGAAGCUGGCGUGCGAGCUCUACCCCUCGCGACACGUGGCCCUCUGUCUGGACCCGUACUGUGGUCUGGGGUUCGUGUUGUGGUGUCUCAAUAGUGUCUAUUCUGGUCAUCACUCCAUUCUGAUCCCGCCCUCGGAGGUGGAACUCAACCCCAGCCUAUGGCUCAGUGUUGUCUCGCAGUACAAAGUGAGGGAUACUUUCUGUUCGUAUGGGGUUAUGGAGCUCUGCACCAAAGGCCUGGGCUCUUCAGUUCAACAAAUGAAGCAACGUGGCGUAAACCUGAGUUGUGUUCGCACGUGUGUUGUGGUGGCGGAGGAGAGGCCGCGGGUGGCGCUCACGAACUCGUUCUCCAAACUGUUUCAAAGUCUCGGCCUAUCGGCCCGUGCGGUCAGCACGUCGUUCGGGUGUCGGGUCAACGUCGCCCUCUGCCUGCAGGGCGCCUCCAGUCCCGACCCGACCACCGUUUACGUGGACACCCGCGCCCUACGCAAUGACAGGGUAACACUCGUAGAGCGCGGCGCACCUCAUAGUCUGUGUCUCACUGAGUCCGGGAAACUACUGCCAGGCGUUAAAGUGGUGAUCGCCAACCCUGAGACCAAAGGCCACUGCGGCGACUCCAACCUGGGAGAGGUUUGGGUGCAAUCGCAGCACAACUCGAGCGGGUAUUUCACGAUAUAUGGCGACGACUCCCUACACAACGACCACUUCAACGCCAGACUCAUCACCGGUGACGCCACUCAGUCGUACGCCCGGACCGGCUAUUUGGGGUUCUUGAGGCGCACGGAGUCGGUUCAGGCCGAUGGAGAACUACACGACGCCAUCUUCAUAGUGGGCUCUUUGGACGAAACGAUUACAUUAAGAGGUCUUCGAUACCAUCCCAUCGACAUCGAGAACAGUGUUAUGCGAUCUCAUAAGAAAAUCUCCGAAUCAGCUGUGUUCACGUGGACUAACCUACUGGUAGUGGUCGUCGAAUUGGACGGCAAUGAGAACGAGGCUUUAGAUUUGGUUCCAUUAGUAACUAACGUUGUAUUAGAGGAACACCACCUAAUCGUAGGCGUUGUAGUAGUGGUCGAUCCCGGAGUGGUUCCCAUAAACUCGAGGGGAGAGAAACAACGGAUGCAUUUGCGCGACGGCUUCCUCGCAGACCAAUUGGACCCGAUUUAUGUGGCGUACAAUAUGUGAACUUGUGAUCAGUUUUUGUUAAUUUUUAAGUUUUUUAUUACAAUUUAUAUGACAUUCCAUUCACUUUAGCGCUCGUUAUGAUACAAGUUAUUUGAUAUUUGAAUAGCACUGC